AAAAAAAAAAGAAGAUCCCUUCCCUGCUUCCACGAUCCUUGUCUGUGCCCCAUCGAUGCUGUCGUCGCCUGCCUCGAAAGCCAAACUUUUGAAACUCCCGUUCCUCCAUCCAUCCUUUCCAGCACCACAACCGCUGUGAGCGCUGGCCGGUACCUUUUUUUUUUUCUCUCUGCCAGGCUUUGUUCGCCUCUUCGUCUGACCCUCAAUCGGCGAACCCGCCCGGCCCUGAAUAGGGGCUCAAACCUCCGCCUCGCCCCCGCUCUCCCUCGGAUCGACCGUCCAAUCCCGCCGAGUGCCUGCCUCGAGCAUACCACCGCUCCGAACACAGAUCACACCCAGCAUUCUCGGGCUGUGGCGAGGUCCCAAACCCAGCGCGUGGCGGCAUUCCAGUCUGUGGUCACAAGCUCUGCGAGCAAACUUACCCCUCGCCGACAUCCCCGUCCAAUCAUAGCCAGUGAUACCGCCGACGUGGACGUGCUCGGUUCGGGCGCAUCGAGUUGCAUCGCCGGCCGUCCGUCUUUUUUACCUUUUCAUUCUCUGCAAACUCGCAUAGACUGUCUCUGAGUCCCCCAAGGACAGCCGCCCACCAUGUCCAGAUAUAACCGCUUAGAGGACGACUACUUCGAUAACUCGCGCCCGAUGAAUAACCGGCCUCCUCCGCACCGGACGCCAUCGCCGGGUAACCCGAUGCAGCAUGGCUACCAGCUGGACGAUAACCCGUACGGAAGGCAGGGGAACGCUAGCAACCUCGACAUCCCUAUGGGACCGGGGAGAUAUACCCCAAGCGACCAGCUACAGCUUCACACGGCACACUCCGUCGGCAACUUGAGCGAACCGUCGGGCUACAGCGGCCAACCGGGCGAGUACCGUGAAGGCUAUUCGGUCAAUCCCGAGCAGCACCAUGAUGCCUACUACAACCAGCCUUACCAGCCCACCCCGAUGGAGGGAGGCGGCUUCGACAACGAUGGGCGCCCCCUCCUGAACCAGCAGGACUCGUACGGGAUAGACCAGCCGUACACAGACGACCCAAACGCGCCAAAGCAGCAGGGCGGGCUCAAGCGGUGGAAGACGGUCAAGAAGGUCCCGCUGUACCGUGGUAACCUGGUUCUUGACUGCCCGGUCCCGCCCAAGCUCCUGAACCAGCUGCCUCACACGGAGCGCGACGAAUUCACGCACAUGCGCUACACGGCGGCCACAUGCGACCCCAACGACUUCUACGAGAGCAACUUUACACUCCGCCAGCAGCUGUUCAGCAAACCCCGUCAGACGGAACUUUUCAUCGUGGUCACCAUGUACAACGAAGACGAGGUCCUGUUCGCUAGAACCAUGAUCGGCGUGUUCAAGAAUGUCGAGUACAUGUGCCGGCGGCCAGAGAGCAAGACUUGGGGCAAGGAGGCUUGGAAGAAGAUUGUGGUCUGCGUUGUGAGCGAUGGUCGUGCCAAGAUCAACCCGCGCACCAGGGCACUCCUGGCCGGUAUGGGUGUUUACCAAGAGGGAAUUGCGAGGCAAAAGGUCGACGACAAGGAGACCACGGCGCACAUCUACGAGUACACCACUCAGGUGGGCAUGGCUAUCAAGAACGACGUUGUCAGCUUGAUUCCCAAACAGCAACCCGUUCAGAUCCUGUUCUGUCUGAAGGAGAAGAACCAGAAGAAGAUCAACUCCCAUCGUUGGUUCUUCUCCGCCUUUGGCCGCGUCCUGAAUCCCAACAUCUGCGUACUUCUCGACGCCGGUACGAAGCCUGGUGGAAACUCCAUCUACCACCUCUGGAAGGCCUUUGACCUCGAGCCCAUGUGCGCCGGUGCAUGUGGUGAAAUCAAGGCCAUGUUGGGUACUGGUGGCAGGAACCUGCUCAACCCCCUGGUGGCGGCCCAGAACUUCGAGUACAAGAUGAGCAACAUUCUCGACAAGCCGCUGGAAUCGGCAUUCGGUUUCAUUUCCGUCUUGCCCGGCGCCUUCUCGGCCUAUCGCUAUGUCGCGCUCCAGAACGAUAAGAACGGCCAAGGCCCCCUGGAGAAGUAUUUUGCCGGCGAGAAGCUCCACGGCGGUGAUGCCGGCAUCUUCACCGCCAACAUGUACCUCGCCGAAGAUCGUAUUCUCUGCUUUGAGCUGGUGACGAAGCGCAACUGCUCCUGGAUUCUGCAGUACGUCAAGUCGGCCACGGGCGAGACGGAUGUGCCAGACACGGCGACGGAGCUUAUCCUGCAGCGGCGCCGCUGGCUUAACGGCUCCUUUUUUGCGGCCAUCUACGCCAUCGCCCACUUUUACCAGUUCUUCCGCUCCGAUCACUCCUUCUUCCGCAAAAUGGCCUUCUUCGUCGAGUUCGCCUUCAACACCAUCAACAUGAUCUUCGCCUGGUUUGCUAUCGGCAACUUCUUCCUGGUCUUCAAGAUCCUCGUCACUAGUUUGGGCGACCCUGCGAUGCUGGGACAGGUCGGCGUUUAUCUCGGUAUUACGUUUGAGUGGCUCUACGGCAUAUCUCUAAUCACCUGCUUCGUCCUGGCCAUGGGCAACCGACCCGCCGGCUCCGGUCCAUAUUACGUGGCCAUGGUCUGGUUCUGGGCCAUCAUCUACGUCUACCUCCUGUUUGCCGCCAUCUUCAUUGCCUACAAGACAAUUUCGGCCAACAUCGAGAAAGGACAGACGACGGCUGCGCAGCUUCUCAAGGACAAGGUGAUCGUGACGCUCAUCUUGUCCGUCAUGUCGACAUAUGGCAUCUGGCUCGUCGCCUCGCUUCUCAUGUUCGACCCGUGGCACAUGCUCACAUCCCUGGGCCAGUACCUUCUCCUGUCGCCCACCUUCACCAACGUGCUCAACGUCUACGCCUUUUGCAACACUCACGAUAUCUCGUGGGGUACCAAGGGUGACGACAAGCCAGACAAGCUUCCCUCGGUCAGCACCAAGGACGGAGAAGGAAAGGCGGAUCUGCCCGAUGAGGGUGACCUGAACGCCAUGUACGAGCGCGAGCUUCAAGCCUUCUCGACCAAGUUCGUCGAGGCCAAGAAGGACCCGACCCCGUCGCAGCUCGAGGAGAAGCAGCUGGACUACUACCGAGGUGUGCGCACGGUCGUCGUGCUGCUGUGGAUGGUCAUGAACUUUGCCCUGGCCGCCGUGGUGCUCUCCACGGCCGGCGUCGACCGCAUCGCUCCGGCGGCGAAUCCGCAGGAGGAAAAGGACCGGAAGGGCGAACGCGCGACCCUCUACAUGGGUAUCGUGCUCUACAGCGUCGCGGCUCUUUCGGGGUUCAAGUUCAUUGGGGCGUGCUGGUUCCUGGUUGUGCGCAUGUUCAGGGGCGUCUGAUCGUUUCUUGUUCUGCCAUUUGCAUUGCGCCUGCGGCCCCAAGGCUCCAUAGGCUCCUGCGCUUUCCUUGUUGGGUAUAGAGCCCUGCCUAUUACGCCUAUUUCGAUCGAGAGAUCCAUGACAUGAGAUGACUUGUAUUUGUCCUUAUACCUUUUUCCUUGGUCUUUGUCUUCUUGGGGUUGCUUUACGUUUGGGUUUUCGUCUUGUUUCCAAUUUGCGGUCUGUCGGCUUGUUGGUUUAGUCUUGUUCCAGGGGCUUGAUGUUCCUUGCUUUCUCUUCUGCAUGGGGAUUUUGUGGUUCGGCUGCGACCGGCAAUUGUUUGAAUACUUGGGCACGUCUGAGUUCCUGACUAUCUCGAAGUUCUCGCAUCAUGAUCCGAUCUGUGUUGUUCUCUCUGUUGAUGUCCCUUUUUAUGCCUUGAUUCCCGUUCUACUGUCCCGCGCUGCAUCUCGUCAAGCUUUUCAUGGCGUUCAAUGAGGGAAAAGGAGUCAAGGACGCAUAGACGAGUGUUGGAUACAUUAGUCAAUAACUGAUUCAGGGAUAAGCAGAAUGCCUACAAAUCUCCCUAUGCCAGCCACGGAUGGAUCUUCUAUCGACGAACUGACGAUUGCUCACCAGGCUACAUUGACUCCUUGACAGUCCUGUCAAUGUGCUUGUUUAUUAAGUAGCGUUUGAAGUAUGAUGUGCGACAAUCAGGAAAGAGAUUCCUC